UUUGUUUCCGCCCCUUUGGUUUCCUCUUAUCGCGUUACUCAGCUACUCAGUAGCGAUGGCGGCGGCGAUGGCGGCUUCACGCAGAUUCCGCGACCUGCCGCUGUGGCGACUGACAGCCCCCACCCACCUGGGUCUCAACCUUAGCCUUCGCCCCAUGAGCUCUGCACAAGAUGAGGCCUCCAGAGCAGCCCCCAGUGAAGCCCCACACCACAACUAUGAGUCCCUUCGGGUGACAGCUGCCCAGAGACACAUUCUGCAUGUACAGCUAAAUCGGCCGGAGAAAAGGAAUGCCAUGAACAAGGCCUUCUGGAGCGAGAUGGUGGAGUGCUUCAACAAGAUAGCGCAAGAUGCUGACUGUCGGGCUGUGGUGAUCUCUGGCGCAGGAAAAAUGUUCACUGCAGGUAUCGACCUCGUGGACAUGGCUUCAGACCUCCUUCAGCCUCAAGGAGAUGAUGUGGCUCGCAUAAGCUGGUACCUGCGUAACCUCAUCUCCAGAUACCAAGAGACCUUCAGCGUCAUCGAGAAGUGCCCCAAACCCGUGAUCGCAGCCAUCCACGGGGGCUGCAUCGGCGGAGGUGUGGACCUCAUCACCGCCUGUGACAUCCGGUACUGUGCCCAGGAUGCUUUCUUUCAGGUGAAGGAGGUGGAUGUGGGUUUGGCUGCUGAUGUGGGAACGCUGCAGCGUCUGCCCAGAGUCGUCGGGAAUCAGAGCCUGGUCAACGAGCUGGCCUUCACCGCCCGAAAGAUGAUGGCUGACGAGGCCCUGAGCAGCGGGCUGGUCAGCCGAAUAUUCCCAGACAAGGAGGUCAUGCUGGACGCGGCCUUCAACCUGGCGGCGGAGAUUUCCAGCAAGAGCCCCGUGGCGGUCCAGGGCACCAAAAUCAACCUGCUCUACUCCCGCGACCAUUCAGUGGCCGAGGGCCUCAAUUUCAUGACAUCCUGGAACAUGAGCAUGCUGCAAACCCAGGACAUCGUUAAGUCUGUCCAGGCAGCCAUGGAGAAGAAGGACAUGAAGAGUGUCACCUUCUCCAAGCUCUGAGAGCCCCCACGUCCUAGGCCCUGGCCUGGGGUCUGGCUUUGACCAACCUUAUGCGUGUGUUUCCUCAUCUCCAGAGGGAGAUAGUAAAGAAGGCCACCUUGCUGCCUUCUCACCCAGUCUCCCAGUUUAUGACUCUGUGACACUGGUUUCUUCAUGUCCAGGGCCAUACCUUCACCCCACGAACAAUAAAGCAAAGUCAAGAA